AUGAAAGUAGUUGUCAUUGGAGGUGGCAUUGCCGGUCUUUCCACCUGCAAACAUUUGCGCAAACUGGAUAAAAAUGUGGAAAUCAUUUUGGUGGAACCCAAGGAGUAUUUGGAAGUCCAUUGGUGCGGUGUCCGAUCCUUGUUUGACGGAGAAAUGGCCCAAAAAAGUACUUUCAGUAUCAACAAAUGGGCCAUUUCCAAAUCCGUGGUGCACGUCCAAGAUUGGGUGACCCAGCUCACCGAUACCGAAGUUCUCAUCAGUGAUGGUCAAUACAUUGAAUUCACCUUGUGUGUCAUAUGCACUGGAAGUGUCACACCCUUUGCGGGAUUCUCCAAAGGACCUCCCAAUCCCAAUGGUCGUGGACAAGGUCGGUUGAGACAUAGAUUGGGUCAGAUGCAACAUUGGGGACGUCGAUUGCUCGAUUGUGGAAGCGUCGCGAUCAUUGGGGGUGGAUUGAUUGGCGUGGAAAUGGCGGGUGAUUUGGCCUUUUACAGCAAAAAGCAGGGACGGCCUUUGCAGAUUGCGCUCAUUCACAAUGAAGAAUUUCUAAUUCCGGAAUUUACCCCCAGUGCCGGAGACAUGGUCUUGGAGAAACUGACUGAGAUGGGGGUGGAAGUCAUUCUGGAUGAAGAAGCAAUUGAACAAGAAGAUGGAAACGUUCGCUUAUCCAAAUCGGGCGACUACUUGCAGGUCAAUGAGGUCAUCUGGGCCACAGGCAUCAGACCUUGCAAUCAUUUCAUGAACCGGGCUCACUUGACAGCAGAUGGUUGGAUCAAAGUGGACGAAUAUUUCCAAGUGGAAGGUGCGGAAGGAAGACUCUUUGCCAUGGGAGACUGUUGCGAUUUAUUGCCCAAUACUGGUAAUCAAGCCAUGGAAGCCAGUUAUAUUCUCGCCAAGAACCUUAAGCGAACCUUGGAUGCCAUUGAACGCAGAGAAGAACAACAUGUUGUCCUCAAAAAGGCACAAGUCUCAACCGAAAUCUAUGUCGCUACCAUUGGUAAGACGGACGGAGUGGCCAUGACACCCAUGCUGGCGACGCAAUUUGGUUUGCCAUGGGCCAAAAAUUCAACCAUGUUUCUAUGGAAAGUUAAGAAACAACUUGGUCUCCAAAAGGCAAACAAAUUGGGCGGCUAG